CCGCCCUUCGUUGGAUUGAGUGAAAAACCCCUUCAGAGAAGCCACCGCAGUCACUGGGAGGACUGGUGUUACUCAGAGAUUCACCACCAAGGUCCCAUCAACCUCAGGUAGCCUUCCCUCCCCCCCGGCCUGGAGCAGAAAGCUUGAAGAGGAACAGUGCGGCUGAGGUUUGCUGUUCAGUGUUGCCUGGCAAGCUAUAGCCACCAUGGCGCUGUCAUACAAGAAGGAUCUUGAAAAGUACAAGGAUCUCGAUGAAGAUGAAAUCCUCAACAAACUGUCGGCGGAGGAGCUCAAACAGCUGGAGACGGCUCUCGAGGAGAUGGAUCCUGAGAAUGCUCUUCUCCCAGCUGGUUUACGCCAGAAAGACCAGACAUCUAAGACAGCUACAGGACCAUUUAACAGGGACAGUCUGCUCAAAUAUCUGGAGAAGGAAGCCAUGGAGUACAAGGACAGAGAUGAUGUAGUGCCGUUCACUGGAGAAAAAAAAGGUAAAGUAUUCAUUCCUAAACAGAAACCAAUAGAAACACGUCAGGAAGAAGUCACAACCCUUGAUCCAGAACUGGAGGAAGCUCUGUGCAGUGCCACAGAUACAGAACUGUGUGAUCUAGCAGCGAUCCUGGGUGUUCACACACUGGUCACCAGUAAUCAGACAUAUGAUGGGACUGGAACUAAAGAGGGUUACAAUAAUGUGAUCAAAGGGGAGAAGAUGAACCCAGUGUUUGAUGAGCCUCCCAACCCCACUAAUGUAGAAGACACUCUGCAGAGGAUAAAAAGCAAUGACAGCUCAUUAACAGAGGUCAACCUCAACAACAUUAAGAACAUUCCCAUUCCCACGCUGAAAGACUUUGCCAAAGCCAUGGAGAAGAACACACACGUUAAAAAGUUCAGCCUGGCAGCAACACGGAGUAAUGACCCGAUUGCAGUGGCAUUCAGUGACAUGCUGCGGGAAAACAAGACGCUGCGAAGUUUGAACUUGGAGUCCAACUUCAUCACCGGGGCAGGAGUUCAGGCUUUGAUUGAUGCAUUACGAGACAAUGACACACUCACAGAGAUCAAAAUAGACAACCAGAGGCAGCAACUGGGUACCACUGUAGAGAUGGAGAUUGCUAAAAUGCUGGAAGAGAACAACAGCAUAGUGAAGUUUGGCUACCACUUCACUCAGCAAGGGCCUCGGUCCAGGGCUGCUGCAGCUAUCACCAAGAACAACGACCUAGUUCGCAGGAAGCGAGUGGAAGGGGACCUGUAGAGAGCAAGCACAACCUCUCCUCCAGCCAAUCCUGCGUCAUCUCAUCAUGUGGAAUAAUUUCAGCCAAUGCCCUGGUCUCAUCUCACAGUGUGAAAACUUUAGUCUUGUGCCAAACUACGGGGCAAGGCACGCUAAACCAGAACAUACAUCUGAGAAGAAGGGAAAUAACUGGAAUUGCCCUCUCCUAUUUACAUGUUUAUGCUUAUGUUUGCUAUGUUGUUAUUGAAGGUGUAAAUCUAAUUAGUUUUUAGUCAUUUCAUUUCAGCUGGUCCUUUUUGAGCCUUUAUAUUUACCUGUCCAGACUUUUUACUUGCUUAUUCCUUUUAUAUCAUGUGAACUAAUCAUGAAUAUUACGAAGUAAGAAACCACAGUUUGGUAAAAACAGAUGCUAACAUUGAGACACCCCUGUAUGCUGUAUUCUGAUACAGUUCUCUGUUGAGGUUGAAGUUUAAUGUGGAAUCCAUAUAUUUAAGCAGCAGAAUAAUGGGAAUAGCUCUGAAUGUGAUACUCAGAUCUUCAUAGACUUUAGUUUCAGAAAGUUCAGGUGCUUCUGUUGAGGACAGAAUGUUAUAGCUUAGCGAAUGACUAUUAACCUGCAAAGCUGACUGUGUGCAGCUGUCUGUUACCAUGUAAAAACCAGCUGCUUGAUGCAGUGAUGACUUUUGGCUCUAAUGUUGCUGAGCAGUUCAGUUAUACGCUGCAUGUGCAGGGUGGUUUGCACAUGUUCAUUAAAGUUGCUUGUAAAGCCGACGGACUUGAGCUGGCGUGUUGGUGCAAACAAGCUUUUUUUUUUUUUUUUGGCAGUUAAGCAAAGACAAGAUGCUUGACCUCAAAGUCAGUAAAACCCACACUUGGCUCACCCCUUAUUUAAAAUAUAUACUUUAAUUGAUAAUUUCAAUAUUUCUUCAUGGUUCUAACUAAAGAUCUUAUUUUGAUACAAUUUAAAUUCUGAUUUUUUUUUUUGCUUCUAAAGCUAAAAUAUAACAAUGUUUUGGAUAUAAAGGAGAAAAGAGUGGGAUUUUUACUUCAAAAGAUUCCAGUUAAAGGUUUUUAUUAGCUAAAAUUACUUGGGUCCUCUGAUGCUCAACCAUGCCAAAGACUAACACAAGCAGUAAUUAGAAGUGGACUAGGUGUUUUUGGCUUCAAGGUGCAGGCCUACUGGUUCAUACAGAUUUAGACUUUUUUUUUUUUUUAAUCAAAGUGCUAUGAUAUACAUAUUUUUCACCCUUUUUUGUUGACCAUUCAUAGCUAAAAUGUUCUUCAGUUGAAAAAGAUAAGGAAGAGUUGGAAGUUUGUGUGAAACUUGCUUCUCAAGUUGUGAUUGCUUAGGAAAUAUUUCUAUGAACUAAAUCUCCCUGAUUCAAGUUUAGAGUUGAGUUCUUCCUCUACCUCCCAUCUAAGCAAUUUGCUUCUCAGCAGUAGCAGGUUUGGGCAUCAAAUUGAACUUCAUUAGUCUGCUUUAGGUGGUUAUAACAGGACUUAUUCAGGAGUUACUUGAACCUUGUACAUACUGUUAAUAGGAACAAUAUGCUGGCAUGAAGUCCUCACUUGUGAACAUCAAGUUUCUGUUGACCAAAAAUGUUUCUCAUCAGUUCAUUAGACAACAGUUCUACUGUGGGAUUUUAUAUCUGUGCACUUUUUCCUGUUCAUUGUCGCUUUGAUUUUAUUUUUCUUAACUUUAUUUUCUUUUUUACAUUCCUGAUUUUCUGUUGGACAGUCAGCUAAAGUGGAAAACUUCUUUGAUUGGGCUUGUUAGUUUUCUGUGGGUCAUAAUAUGUCUAUUAACUGUAAGAUACCAUCUCAAGUUCAAAGUGUGCACACACAGAUACACAGUGUGUAUCUCGUAACUCUGUACAAGUCACUGCUGAUGUUUUUUUUUCUUAAGCUAUAAAUCAAGUCCCAGGUGUUAACACAAGGAAUAUGUAUUAUAAAUCCACAAAAAUGGUUUAAAAAAAAAAGCACUGCUGAAUAUAAUACAUUCUCAACAAUAAAUGUUUUUACAUACUCUAAAUGA